AUGUUAAACAACGAGGAACUUGAUCGUCUUGCACAAAUAGCCAAUGAAGCGGCCGAUGUUGCUCGACAGAUUAUUCGAAAAUAUUAUUCUACUGGGGUAAGAUUUAAAUUCACGGAAAAGAACGGCGAUGGUCCAGUAACAUGUGUUGACAUAGAAGCAGAAGAAGCGAUGGUUACUGUAAUCACUAAUGCAUUCCCUUCCCACUCCAUUUAUGGUGAGGAGACCGGUUGGCACAAUCGCGACAAUUCUCUUAUUCCUAAUCAGUUUAUCUGGGUUUUGGAUCCCAUUGAUGGAACUUCAAGCUUUGUGGGGAAAGACUCGUCCGCUUUUGGAAUACUAGUUGCUGUAGUCUAUAAUGGAAGACCAAUAAUCGGUUGCAUUGAUCAUCCAAUUUUGAAACUCAGAUGGAUGGGCAUUAGGGGGAGAAGAACCACUGUUAAUAGCGAACAAGUGUCCACAAUGGAUUGUCAUGACAUGGCAAAAGCUCGUGUCCAUCUCAAGGGACCAAACUACAAUGACGCUGCUAAGCAAGUAUAUGAUUGCAUCUCCUCCAGGGUGGCUAAGAAGUUCUUUGAUCGCAACUGUAUUGCUUAUGGUGAAUUGGCCUCUGGAUUCUAUGAUGUUGUCGUCGAUUGUGCUCUUGAUCCCUUUGACUUUCUUGCUCUUAUACCUAUCAUUAAUGGUGCUGGAGGAGUUAUUACGGAUUGGCAAGGUCGUGAACUUCUUUGGAGUCCCUUAUCUAUGAUUCCUGAAGGCGGUUUUAAGAUUGUGGCAGCUGCUGGAAAGCACAUUCAUCAACAAAUUGUUCGAGCACUGUAG